GGAGCUGUGCCGUGCGUACAUGUUGUCAGCUUCCUUUCUCCACGACAUUAUAUAGCUGUCGCUGAGCUCGUCGACACUUCUUCUCUCACAUUCCUCCCUCCCCCAAGUCGCAACAAGAUAAAUUUCCACCGUUUCUUGGCUUUUCCAGUUCUUGGUUCUCUGCUACGCAAUCCAGGUCGUCUUAUUCACCGGGAGAAGCCCAACUAAGUGCUGUAGCUAGUUGGAAUACGCAAGAGAUGAAGGUAUCAAUGGCGAUCUGCGCAGGUUUCGAAUCUUACCGAGCGUCCCCGGUGGACAUGCGGGUAGUCACGUCGGACGGACAGAGCAUCGCCGCGCACUCCUACGUUCUUGCCUCCUCAUCGCCGGUCCUGGAGCGGACGAUCGACUCGGCACGGCGCGGGUGGGGCGCAGAGUGCACCAUCCGCGUCCUCGGUGUCUCCGCUGACGCCGUCCACACCUUCAUCCAUUUCCUUUACUGCUCCAAGGUAACGCCGGAGGAGGAGGAGGUGGUGGGCGCGCACGGGGCGCAGCUGCUGGCGCUGGCGCACGCGUACCGGGUCGGGUGGCUGAAGAAGGCGGCGGAGGCCGCCGUGUCGGCGCGGCUCACGCCGGAUAGCGCCGUGGACAUGCUGAAACUGGCCAGGCUCUGCGACGCGCCGAGGCUGUACCUGCAGUGCGCACGGCUCGCGGCCAAAGACUUCGCCGCCGUCGAGCACUCCGAAGGCUGGCGAUUCGCCCGCCGCCACGACGCCGCGCUUAAGGUCGAGUUGCUCAAGCUAGUGGAGGAUGCGGACCAACGGAAGAAAAGGUGGACGCGCGAGAGGGCCGCGCAGGAGGCGUGCCGGCAGCUCGGCGAGGCCAUGACCACGCUUGAGCACAUAUUCCCCGGCAGCGACGGCGUCGCCUGCGCGACGGAUGGCUGCUCGUGCCAUGGCCUGCAGCUCCUGAUGCGUCACUUCUCGACGUGCACGAAGAAGACGGCGCCGGGAGGCUGCGCACGGUGCAAGCGCGUGCUGCAGCUCUUCCGCCUGCACGCCUCCGUCUGCGACCGGACGGACCAGACCUGCCGUGUGCCGCUCUGCAGGAAUUUCAAAGGCAAGACACAAGAUGACAAAGCGGACAAGACAUGGCGGCUUCUCGUCAAGAAGGUCACUAGGGCGAAGGUGAUGUCCUCCUUGGCCAAUAGGCAGGUGCCGGAGGUCGUGGCCGCGUCAUGGGCGCGGUACAACACAAGGGUAGCAAAAUUGAGAUGAGAAAUGCCAUUUAGUUAUCAUCAAGUAGUUUAAACUUUGUCGAUAUGAAUGAGGGUGCAGGCAGAGAAUUUAGGUUGUAUCGUGUAGUCCUAGUGAUAG